AUGGCGUCCAUAAUUCUCCCGGCCCUCCUUCGCACAUCAACCCGUUCCCUAAGGCGGAACGUCAAUGUCAAUGUCAUCCCCGCACUCUCCCCAGGUUUCGCGCGCAGCAUAUCGACAAAGCAUCCAGCAGGCUUUACGCCUCCCACCGACGAUGACCUUAUUGAGCUACGAGAGCGCGUUCAGGAUUUUACAAGGCGAGAGAUUACAGCCGAGGUUGCGGAGAAAACGGAUAAAGUGAAUCAUUUUCCGGAGGAGAUGUGGAAGAAACUUGGUGAUGCGGGUUUGCUGGGUAUUACCGCGGACGAGGCAUAUGGUGGAUUGGGAAUGGGGUACCAGGCACAUUGUGUCGUGAUGGAAGAGCUGAGUCGCGCAUCUGGAAGCAUCGGUCUCUCAUACGCCGCGCAUUCCCAACUCUGUGUGAACCAACUUUCUCUGAAUGGCAAUGAACAGCAGAAAGAGAAGUACCUACCUGGCUUAUUAUCCGGAGAUAAGAUCGGUGCCCUCGCUAUGUCGGAGCACUCUGCUGGUUCUGAUGUUGUGAGUAUGAAAACCACCGCUAAAGAGGUAGAUGGGGGGUGGGUGUUGAAUGGGACAAAGAUGUGGAUUACAAAUGGUCCGGAUGCGGACUUCAUCGUCGUUUAUGCUAAGACUGAGCCUGAGAAGGGAUCUAAGGGUAUCUCGGCCUUUGUAGUUGAGAACACAUUUAAGGGCUUUUCUUGUGCUCAGAAGCUGGAUAAGCUUGGAAUGCGUGGAUCUAAUACCGGUGAAUUGGUAUUUGAGGAUGUCUUUGUUCCCCGCGAGAAUUUGUUAGGGGAGAUAAACCGCGGCGUCAAGGUGUUGAUGGAAGGUCUUGAUUUGGAAAGACUUGUGCUGAGUGCUGGACCACUUGGAAUCAUGCAAGCUGCUCUUGAUCUUGUCCUGCCUUACACACAUACCCGGAAGCAAUUCGGCAUUCCCAUUGCUCACAACCAACUGAUCCAGGGUAAGCUUGCGGAUAUGCACACCAAACUUGCUGCUUCAAGGGCAUACACAUAUGCCACGGCACGGGAGGUAGAUAAUGGUGCUGCUGCGCCUGGUCAACUAGUUAUCAAGACACAGGACUGUGCUGGUGCUAUUCUUUAUGCUGCUGAGCGCGCGACGGAGUGCACCUUGGAUGCUAUCCAGUUGAUGGGUGGGAAUGGAUACAUUAAUGAGAUCUCUGCCGGGCGAUUACUUCGAGAUGCCAAGCUGUAUGAGAUUGGAGCUGGGACGAGCGAGAUUAGACGGAUGGUUAUUGGUCGUGCGUUCAAUAAGGAGUAUGCUUAG